AUGUUUAGGGACGGUGGACUCCGCAGCGAAGCGCCCGAGGGGGUGGGCAAGUCAUGGGCAGAUGAAGUUGGAGCGGACGGUGCAGAGAUAGCUGAGGCUGAACUCGAGGGUACGCGUAUGGAAGAGGCGCGGGUCGGGGAGAUGGAGCUCGAGGAGACGGAUAUUGAGGAGGUGUGCGGCAACGCGAGCGCAGAAGAGGUGAGUGUAGGCGAGUGGCUGCGGGGCGACACAGAAACAGGCGCGACAUUGCGCGAUGGUUCAGAGGCCGCAAAAAAACAAAGUGAUGACGAACUCGACAAGGCUGGAUGCGAGGAGGUUAAUCCUUUGUCCAACAGCUUAGAAUAA